AUGGUUACUAUAAGUGAUGAGGGGAGUGUGAAAGAACUGAACAAAUCAUUAGAACACUCUCAAGAUAUUCCAGUAGAGAAGCAAGAAGAGAGUGACCAAGAAACCAACCCCACACAAAGGAAGGAGCUAAGGGAGAAAGAGAUUCUGAACCCAUAUGCACCUUUUCCCCAAAGACUCAAGGGGGGUGUAGAAAGGAAAGUGUACUCAAAGUUCCUCGACAUGUUUGCAUCUCUCCAUGUAAACAUACCAUUCAUCAAGGCUCUCCAACAAAUGCCCUCAUACAUUAAGUGUAUGAAAGAGUUGCUGACCAAGAAAAAUUCACUAAAGGGAGGGCAAACAAUAGUGAUGAAUAAGGAGUGCAGUGCUCUCAUUCAAACAGAGUUGCCUACAAAAAGGAAGGACCCAAGGAGUUUUCACAUCCUUUGUGCUAUAGGAGAAACAAGGAUUGAUAAGGGACUCUAUGACCUGGGAGCAAACAUUAACUUAAUGCCUUUAUCCCUCAUGAAGAAGCUUCAAAUCAAUGAGCUAAUGCCCACGGAUGUAAUCAUCAAGUUGGCUGACAAAACUCAAAAACAAGCAAUAGGAGUGGUUGAAAACGUGUUGGUGAAGGUUGGGAACUACUUCCUUCCCACAGACUUUGUUAUCUUGGAGAUUGAAGAGAGUCACCUCCAUCCAAUCAUAUUGGGAAGACCAUUCGUAGCCACAACCAGAGCACUUAGGUAG